AUGCCCUCGGACAAGGCGUCAUACCUGGCAGCGCACUACCUCACCGCCGACGCGCCGUCGUCGUCCAAAUCCAAAUCCAAGAAGCGGAAGCGCAGCAGCAAGCAUGCCGGCAGCAACAACGACGGCCUGCUGAUCGUCGCCGACGACGACUGGGGAACGUCUGCCACCACGCAGAACGACGAGGACGAUGACGGCCCUGCCACCGUGGUCGGCACGAGCGCCGAGUUCCGCCGCGCCAAGAAAUCCGCGUGGAAGACGGUCGGCCCCCCCAUCCCCACCGAAACCAAAGAUGCCCGCGACGCCGCAGCAGCAGAAGCAGACGCCAUCCUUGCCUCUGCCGCCGCCGAGCGCCGGGAAGAAGUAGGCACCACCGCCGUGGACGAGGCGCCGGCCGUGGUGGGGGGAGUAGUCGACAACGACGGCGACGUCGCCAUGAUGACGGACGGGACGCACGCCGGCCUUCAGAGCGCAAAGGCCAUCACGGCCCAGCUGCGCCGGCGGCAAGAGGCCGAGCGCGAAGAGCUGGCGCGGCUAAACGCCGAGCGCGCGGCGGCAGCAGGCGACGAUAAAGAGGAGGACCAGAUUGUGCUCCGCGACGCCACCGGCCGGCGCGUCGACGUGUCGAUGCGGCGAGCAGAGAUGCGGCGGGCCGCCGCGGCUGCGGAGCAGCUCGAAGAGGCGCGCAAGCGGGCGCUCAAGGGCGACGUGCAGUUGGAGGAGGCACGGCAGCGGCGCGAAGCGCUCGAGGACGCCGCGUUGAUGCCCGUGGCGCGCGGCAAGGACGACGAGGAAAUGAACGCCGAGCUGCGCGCCCAGCAACGGUGGAAUGAUCCUAUGGCUGAGUUUGUGGCUGCUUCGGGCGGUCCCGGGGGCCGCAAGAAGAAGGGCGGCGCCCAGCAGCGGAGGCCCGUCUACCAGGGUGCGGCGCCCCCCAACCGCUACGGCACACGCCCCGGCUACCGCUGGGACGGCGUCGACCGUGGAAACGGCUUCGAGGCGGAGCGAUUCAAGGCUAUCAACCGCCGCGACAGGAACAAGACACUGGACUACGCGUGGCAGAUGGACGAGUGA